AGUGCCGGAGUUGCCGCCCGGCGCCGCCGCCGAGCGCGGGCGAAAGUUGCGCUCCGGGAGCGCUCCGGGAGCGCGGCGGGGCCGGCCGGACGCGCUCCCUGCUCACCCCCGGCCCCUCGGCCCCAUCCCGCUGCUCAGCCCGCGCCCGGCAGCCGCUCCCAUGCGGCGGAAGCAGAAGCGGCUGCUGCAGGCGGUGGGGCUGGCGCUGGCCGCCCUCGUCUUCUUGCCCAACGUGGGGCUCUGGUCCCUGUACCGCGAGCGGCAGCUGGAGGGCGGCGGCGCGGCCGGCGGGGACGGGGCGGCCGCCGCGGGGGCAGCGGCCGGGGAGGCGCCGGCACCAUAUGUGAGGCAAAAGAAAGACCCUUACUUUGCUGAUGGACAAAGGAAAAAGGACUGGCAUAACAAAGAAGCCAUAAGGAGGGACUCUGAGCGUGUAGGAAAUGGAGAACAGGGAAAACCUUACCCAAUGACUGAUGCAGAGCGAGUGGACCAGGCAUACAGGGAAAAUGGCUUUAAUAUCUUUGUGAGUGAUAAAAUUUCUCUGAAUCGUUCCCUUCCAGACAUCAGGCAUCCAAACUGCAAGAACAAGCUGUACCUGGAGAAGCUCCCAAACACCAGUGUGAUCAUCCCGUUCCACAACGAAGGCUGGUCCUCCCUGCUGCGGACGGUGCACAGCGUCCUGAACCGCUCCCCGCCCGAGCUGGUGGCAGAGGUCGUGCUGGUGGAUGACUUCAGUGACAGAGAGCACCUGAAGAAGCGCCUGGAGGAUUACAUGGCGCAGUUCCCCAGCGUGCGGAUCCUGCGCACCAAGAGGAGGGAGGGGCUGAUCAGGACCCGCAUGCUGGGGGCCUCGGUGGCCAUCGGGGACGUCAUCACCUUCCUGGACUCCCACUGCGAGGCCAACGUCAACUGGCUGCCCCCUCUGCUCGAUCGCAUUGCCCGAAACCGCAAGACAAUCGUCUGCCCAAUGAUUGAUGUUAUUGAUCACGACCACUUCGGAUAUGAGACUCAGGCUGGAGAUGCAAUGCGAGGGGCGUUUGACUGGGAGAUGUAUUACAAGAGGAUCCCUAUUCCUCCUGAGUUACAGAAACCUGAUCCCAGUGAUCCCUUUGAGUCUCCUGUAAUGGCUGGAGGACUGUUUGCAGUCGAUAGAAAGUGGUUCUGGGAGCUGGGAGGGUAUGAUGCAGGUCUGGAGAUAUGGGGAGGAGAGCAGUAUGAAAUAUCCUUUAAGGUGUGGAUGUGUGGAGGUCGCAUGGAGGACAUCCCUUGCUCUAGAGUUGGUCAUAUCUACAGAAAGUAUGUUCCAUACAAGGUUCCCACGGGAGUCAGCCUGGCAAGAAACCUGAAGAGGGUGGCUGAGGUGUGGAUGGAUGAAUAUGCAGAGUUCAUUUACCAGCGCAGACCCGAGUACCGGCACCUCUCUGCGGGCGACGUCGCCGCUCAGAAGGAGCUGCGCAACAACCUCAACUGCAAAAGCUUCAAGUGGUUCAUGAACGAGGUCGCCUGGGACUUGCCAAAGUUCUACCCACCAGUGGAGCCUCCAGCAGCUGCCUGGGGAGAGAUACGCAAUGUGGGAACUGGCCUGUGUGUGGACACUAAGCAUGGAGCCCUGGGAUCCCCACUGAGGCUGGAAAACUGCGUGAAGGACAGAGGAGAGGCAGCAUGGAACAACGUGCAGGUAUUCACCUUCAGCUGGAGAGAGGACAUCCGUCCAGGGGAUCCUCAGCACACCAAGAAGUUUUGUUUUGAUGCCAUUUCCCACAGCAGCCCUGUGACCCUCUAUGACUGUCAUGGAAUGAAGGGGAACCAGCUCUGGAGAUACCGAAAAGACAAGACCCUCUACCACCCAGUCAGCAGCAGCUGUAUGGACUGCAGUGAGAGUGAUCGAAAGAUCUUUAUGAAUAGCUGCAAUCCUUCAUCUCCAACACAGCAGUGGAUAUUUGAACACACAAACUCAACCAUCUUGGAGAAAUUUAACAGAAACCUUGAUCUUUAAAAGACUGAGAGAAAAAAAAAAUAUAUAUAUAUAUAUUUUACAAUUAUAGUUUUUACUGGGGAGGGUUACAAAAAAAUUUUUUAAUACUUUUUUUUAAACACUUAAUGAAGGUAAAAGGGAGAAUCUCAGGAGAAGGUUAACUAGCAGGCCAGUCUUUAUUGCAAAGAUGCUGCAUCCUUCUCUUCUGGGGAUGGUGGAAUUUUAAAGGCUUUGCCAGAGCCACUUCUGUGCUGAGACUGAACAGAAACUCUGUUUUUAGAGGAGUCUGAAUGUGUUUCAAAUGGCGUUUUUCAUUUUUUACCUUUUGUGUUUUAUUUCCCACUGGGGUCUAGUGUUAAAUGAUUUUGUUAUCCAGGACCCUGCAGGACUUUUUGUAGCUGCUAUACCACCCACUGAAGCAUUCCCAAACAGGUGCUUUAUCUUCCAAACUCCAUAUAAGUAAAAUAUUGAAGACAAGAUUUAAGCCUCCAAUCAAAAAAAAAAAAAAAAAGAAAAACCCCAUGAAAUGUGUAUUUUUUUGCCCUGAACCAAAUAUAUUUCAAACAGGUUGAGUAUUAUUACUUUCCAAAUCAUAGCUCUGAUGAAGGAAUGAGCUCUAGUGGAAGUGCAGCCAAGUGUUGGGAAUAUGGCUGUUGUUAUUAGCCAUGAGGAAUCUGGGUUUCUGGUCCAUUCACUUUGCAGUCAGUUUGUCACUCACUGUUGAAUCUUCAAGGUGAAAGAUUAGCAGAGGGUUUUUUAAUAAUCACAGUUCUUACAGAUAAAGACUUUAUGCUAAAAGCCUUUGGAUAUCAGAUUCCAAAUUUGCCUCAUAUAACCUUUUUAGCACACACAUCUCUAGGAUUUCUGAGUUAAAUCUACUGCAUGAAGACAAUUUCCAUUUUUCCUAGUUUGAAGGCUAAGUUAAUUUACAGUUGGUGUGAGCAGAUUAAUUCAGGAUAAUAAAUUCAGGGCUGAGAUUAGCCGUUGGUCUUUAUCUGUUUGUUCAUCAGUCUGUAGUUUCUUAAGUCCUGUGGUCAGUGGUGUUCUAGCCUUGUGGAAACGUGCUAAUUAAUCUCUCCUCAUUUCCCAGCACCCACAGCACUGUGCAGUUUACUGUGACUGGAAAUCUAUUUGCUUUAGCAGAGAUGUGGGACUGAUUGACCCAUUUUCCUGGUACCCUCUCUUUUGUGCAGUGAGUGAGCAGACAAGGUGUUACCCCUUCUGCUUUGGCUGUGGGAUCUGCCAGACAGUGAACCAGGAUUGUCUCAUCCUAGGAGCUGGAAUGUACUGACACUAAAGAAUGAAUGGAGGAUCAUUGGUUCAAGUCUAUCUGAAGCAAGUAUUUUUAAAAAAUCUGGUUUCAAAUGAAGUUGUUGCAAAAACACAUUUACUGGUUCCCCUGACUUAGUCUUGUACUGAAGGGAGCAGUGACAUUUUCUGGUAAAAGCUGUGAAUGAUGACGCAGUGAACAGAUGCUGUGUAAAUUAAUAAACAGGAUUCCUUUGCCAGGAAUUGCCCAGCUCCUUGGUUUGUCCAGCUGCCCAUGCAGGGGUGUUGCAAGAGUAGGUAGCAGGCACCCAGCUCUGGGGUGAUGGGGAUGGGACCCCUGUGGGAUGCUUGAUGAGCAUUGCCCCUCCUCAGGGGCAGGAAAGCUCUGCUCUGGGGUGUUGUUCAUGUGAAGGCAAGGAGUUGCUACCCUAGUGUCCCAAAACAAGCAGGGUGGCUCCCUCUGCAGAGCUCCAGAAGCAAAAAGCCCUUUUGUUGCCAGUUGUAGGGUUGUGUCCCGUGUUUCAGAUGUGUUGGAGGCCAUGUAGUGCCGUGCCUGGCAGCUGGGAGCAAACAAGGACACAGCUGCCUGCCCCCAAACUCUCCAGGAUUGUGUAGGAGGCUCAGAAUCGUUUCCACCUGUCUGAUCCACACCACUGAGGCCACGUCUGACCCUUCCUGCCAACUUAGCUGGUCCAUGCAGUCAUGGAGAACAGGAAACAUGGCCACUGCAUUUGCAGCUGGGACCGGACUUUCCAGAUUUUGAUGUCUAAGAUUUUGGCAAUAAAGAAAGAAAAACAGCCCUAGACUUCCUUUAUGACAGUUCUGCAGCAGUAUUAGGUGGAAGUGAGACCAGCUUCAAGCAGAGUUGACAUCUUAUGUUCUCAGUUACUACAGUAUGUCUAUCAUUAGGAUCCCUUUGCAUUUCUGUGGGAGCCAGAGUCACCUUCCAGCACUUCGUGUCUGACUGCUGCUUUCCCUAAGUUAUUAAUGCUCUCAUUAGCAGAGCAGUGCUGACUGUGGAGCCACUAGAUGGCCUGACUAGAUGUCUUUAUGAAUGUUUUAAUGCCUGUGGAACAAGAAGCUGUUUGUCCAUGAACAGUGCUAGUUUUUUAUAACUGGGACACAAUCAGCAUAUUCUAUAAAUGGACUGUAGGUUAUUCUGCUUGCAGGUUGCAGCUUUGUGUGUCUUAGUUUUCUAAUGAGAGGAUUAGCUUCUGUUUCUAAACUGCAUGGCUUGCUUUGUACUUGGGCUCACCUUGUGAAGGGAGCCCUAGCUUGGCUCACUGGAUUCUUCCUUCAGGGCAAGCUGCAGCAAUGAACAGGUCUUUUACCACUUGGUGAUCUUAAUUUGGAGAGAAAGGUCAGCUCUUAGCAGCUUGCACCAACAGACUAGGCAAUAGUUGAGGCAAUUCCAUUUGACAACCCACCACCAGUACACAGAAACUGGAGAUUUAGUGGCAGUGGUUGUACCAGGUCCAUCUCAGUGUGGUUGAUCUCUCUUCUGAAGGUUUGGGAUCUGAGUGGGGCAAGAGCCUCACAAAUUCUGUACACUUCUGACUAGCUCACUGUGUUUUGAGCUAUUAAUUAUUUGCAUCAGUUACACUUUUCAGUACCCUAGAGGCUUUGUUGACUAAUGCAAAGACUUAAUAUUAGCCAACCAUCCACUGAUUGAGAAAUAUAAGGUGUAUUUUAUCAUCUGCAUCUUUAACUGAGCCUUUGCAGGGCAAUCUGAUUAAUUAUUUCAAUUACUUUUGGUUAUUUGUAAGCAAAAUCACUAAAGCAUGACUACAUAAUCAAAUCUUCACAUCUGCAUGCAAGUCAAGACUGGAGAUUAAAUACUGGUGAUUAUCGAAUGCCAAAUACAUGUUUUCAUCUUUUCCCCCCAAAGGUAUUGAAACACCCUCUUUUUGUGGCUGCAUAUGUUUUGCUGCUUUUAAGUAUCAGAAUCCCAGACAACAGGGUGUGUGUUAUGUUGCAUAAAAAUACUUUGAUUUGCUCUUGAAGCUGUUGUUGAUCUAUACUUGGUGCUAAUCUCUAAGGCCUACAGACAGUAAAUAGGUUUGGGGCUCUCAUGUGUGCAAGGUGUCUUUUCUCAUACCUAGGAAAUUAAUUCUCUUUUUCAAACCACAAUAGAAGAAAGUGUGAGCCUUCCUGAAAGGGGAAUACAGCAUCAUUAAAAUAAAGAUGUGCCUUUUUAAAUGUAAAUGUACAGCAAAUGCUUAAACUUGAACCAUUUCCUAGUGCCUUGCUGGACAAGAGAGAAGAGGAAAAGGGGUUGGGGGAUAAGGAUGUAAAAGAAAGCUUGACUCCUGCAGGGUUUGUGUGUGGGAUUUUUUUUUUUUAAUGUCUGAUUUUCAGUGCAAAAUUUGUGUGAACGACAGUAAUUCAGAAGCUCCUGGGUUCCCUCUGUUAAAUCGAUCUGGUUAAUGACUCUGGGGAGGUUUGUCACUCCUAAUAGGAAGACUUGGAAAGGCUGGCAGCUUCCUCUGGGUGUGUUGUAACAGCUGAAGCUGUACUGGAAGAUAAUCUUGGUUAGCUGCUGGAUGUUUCACCUCAUGGUGAAGGCUCAUGAUUUCACUGGCAUGCAGGAUCCUGCAUUUUAUUUUCUAUGUAUGCAAAAUACAUAUAGUCCCAAAAGCAUAUAAAAUCUGUAGCAGAAGUGUCUUUCAGAAGAAGUUGAUGCCUUCCAUCAAUAGGAAACUUUUUCAAGAGUGUAUUCAAAUCUCAAAUACAGAAGUAGCAAGAAAGCAAUUUCUCAGCCUAACUUUCCUCGUGGUUUGUUUUACAGCAGUCUGUUCACAGGGCUUUGCUUUCCUUUAAUACUGGAGUGUUCCAGUCAGCAAACUUUCCUUCUCCCUGCUGCACUGAGAUCAGUGACCUGAGAGUCAAACAGGCACCAGCAGCAUUGCAGGAGCACAGUGCUCUGGCGCUGCUGCAGGGCUGUGACAGCAGCUCUCCUGGCUCACAUCACCCAGGGGAGACAUCUCCUAAUAGUCAGAUUGGGCAAUCAUGGAACUGCCAGGUGAAAAGGGGGGAGAUUUUAUUCUAAAUUGUCUUUCAGGAUACAGACAGGGACUUAGAAUUGAUUGGAGAGAACAGCCAGCCUCUGGCAGUCAGCCUGUCACAGGAGCCCUGGUAAAGCCCUGUGUGAAACAGCCCAAGUGAUGCACCUUGUGUCCCACAUGCACUCCCUGCUGCUGGGGUUUGUGGAUUCACUGGGUGGUGUCACAGCAAAGGGCAGCUGCCUUGUGAGUCAGGAGCACUGGGUGCUGCUCCCUGGCUGCCAUGGCCUCUUACUCGAUCUUAAGCAAGGAAAGUCUAUGCUGCAGUUUCCCAGCUUGUGUAGGAUUCACCUUUAAGUGCUUUAUUUUCUGACCUAAUGAGUCUUGAGUCCAGAUUUUAAAACAAGCUGGAAAUCCUCACCUGGUUCAAUUGGAGAGAGAUGCAGUGGGUGGAGAAUGGGAAAUGAGAUCUGAAAUUGCCAUCAGCAUUCAACACAGAGUCAUCAAUUCAUUUCAUAUUCCUCAUUAACCAGUCAGAUUGAUUUAUUCACAUUAUAAAUUUGAAGUGUAACCAAAAUAAGCUCACCUCCUGCUCUGAUUUCUACUUUGUAGUGCCAUGCUUUAGCUUGGAGGAUCUGUAUAAAACUAGGAAUGAUAGAUCAUGGAAACCCUAACGAAAAGCCUGUGUCUGUUUUUGACUCUGCCUCUGCUAGCUGAGUACACUCCUUAAUUAACUGCAUUUGAGCUUUCUUGAUGCUUCUGUAUGACCCAAAAGGCUUCAAUGAUUCCAGCAGUUGUCAGUGAUUUGGGAGUUUUAUAUAAAGCCAUUGGAUCAAUGUGGUUUUAAAUAUACUGGUUCAACGCAUGAAGGAAAGUCUUAAUCCCUGGUAUUGAGCAAACAAAUGUGAACUUCAACCACAAAACAAGAUAAAAACUGAUCAAGCUAACAGCCUGAAACUUUAGCCCUCACAGUAACAGCAACAAAUAGCUUUAGCCUCUAGGGUGGAGAAGGGAAUUGGUUUCAAAAUGCAUCCUCUAGGAUCUCGGUGAUUAGGUCUAAGUUUGUCUGUACCUUGUACUGCAUGCAUUUCUCUGUAAAACUGGAUGGUGCCUCUUGAAUCAGUGUGUAUUUAUUUUGUGCGUAUUAGGAGCAACAGCCUAAUAUCUGGGGGUGGUAAAGGACUUGUAGCACUUUAAUGUAGUAGCUUUCAUAAAUUGGGAAUCAUUGAUAGAAUGCCUAGUGUUUUUAAAGUUGAAUGGACUUCCUUUUAUAAUAUAUUUAAAAUAAAUUUUUAAUGUGUUUUCUGAAAA